GUACAAAACCGGGAAAACAGAUUCCCGGCCCCCACUCCAAAAAGCAAAGCCAGAAAAUGGAAUCCCAUUCCCAUCAUCUUAGAUGAGAUUAGAAGAGUGUCAUCGUCGUUUUCUUCUGUGUUUCAAGUACGCGACACGCCGUUCGUGUUGCAUGCCCCUUUACCUUUAUGAUUGAAUUACGUGUCCAAAUUUCCAUUCUCUCAUUUAUAUUUUAUAUUUUAUAUUUAUAUAUAUAUAUAGAGUCUAUCCAAACCAAACCCUCUUCAUUUCCAUCCUCAUCCUCAUCCUCAACCAAACCAACAAAUUUGAAGUUCAAACUAUUAUGGCGAUAAUAAGAUCACAAACAGUGACAUGGGCAACAAUAACGCUAACCCUUUUGAUCUCUCUUCAGCUGUGUGUGUGUUAUAGAGGAAAGGUGGGAGCAAAGACAGAAAUAAGCGACGUGAAGACAAACGAGGAGGUGCAAGAACUAGGGAGGUUCUCAGUGGAAGAGUACAACAGGAGCUUAAGAAGGCAAAGACGACAGAGGCAGUACAAGAUGAUGAGUAUUGGCGAUAAUAUUGGAGGAGAGCUAAGGUUCAUGGAGGUGGUAGAGGCACAGACGCAAGUAGUGUCCGGGUUGAAGUACUACCUCACAAUCUCAGCCACGCAAAAUGGGGUUUCGAAGAUGUUUGAGUCUGAGGUUGUGGUUAAGCCCUGGGUUCGAUCUAAGGAUCCGGAGUUGCUUAACUUUGGGCCUUCCUACUAUACUACUCAAUAUUUAAGCAGUUGUUGCAAUUAAUUAAUUAGCAUUAUUUAGUGUUCUAAUAUUAAGGUUUAUAGCUAGGUGCCUGCCUGAUGCAUGCGUGGAGGUUUUUUUUAUUAUGGGAGGUGCUGUUGUUUUAAUUAUCUAAGUUUUUUUUUUUUUUUUUAAUAUUAACCUUUUCCUUACAUGUGUUGGGAAUAUGUCGUAGACGUGUGUAAUAUAGCAUUGCACAUGUAAUGUAAUCAAUAAAUUAGUGACAUAAUAAAUGAGAGGUUUAAUUAAAGUA